CCAUGUCUCACAAGCCUUCAUUCGCGGUACAGCUACCAUUGCGAGCGGGUUCUCCGUGCAGGGUUUUCCUCGGCACCACGAAUCCAGGGUUUUAGUUUGCCCCUAAACAAACUUAACAACUGCCGCUGUGGGGUAGCUUCAGGAUUAGGUGCGAAUGGGUACAUCAUGCGAUUAUGGAGCGAACAAGCCGUGUACAAAUUUUCGGCAGAUGCAUUUCAACUUUUCUGCUUACUGCUGAGCCUUUAGUCAAAUUGCGAUAUUCUUGUGUUUGACAGACAAACCAUUCGUUGUACAACAACUUCCAUAACAUAGCAUACCAUAACUAUACACAAUGCCUCUUCCCACUGGUGUAUACCGUGCCGACCACGUUGGCUCCUUCCUCCGCCCCAAAGCCGUCCUUGAAGCACGUACAAAAGCUGCCAACGGAGAGAUUACCGCGGACGAACUCCGCAAAGUCGAAGACGAACAUAUCAACAACGUUGCAAAGCAGCAGAUAGAAAAUGGACUCCGAUCUGUAACCGACGGCGAGUUCCGUCGCGCCUACUUCCACCUCGACUUCCUCAAGCACCUCGCUGGCAUCGAGGAGAAGGGUCAGGUAGGAAACAUUAGGCACAAGGAUGGCUUUUCGCCCCCAACACUGGUGGUCAAAGGAAAGCUGGGUCACCCCGAGGCAAUUCAAGUCAAGGACUUCGAGUUCCUCGAGCAAGCGAUCAAGAACAAUGGCGGAAACGCGAGCACAAAAGUGUGCAUACCAUCACCAACCAUGGUGCACUUCCGCGGCGGUCGCGCUUCAAUCGACAUCUCCGCAUACCCCGACCUAGACGUCUUCUUCGAAGACCUCGCGCGCGUAUACCAAGAAGAGCUAGACAGCUUGUACAAGGCUGGCUGCCGCUUCGUCCAACUCGACGACACGAACCUCGCCUAUCUCUGCGACCCCGAUAUGCGCAAAGCCGCCGAGCAAGAACGCAACGAAGACCUCAGCACCCUGCCCCGCAAAUACGCCGAGCUCAUCAACAAAGCCAUCGAGAAGCGACCUUCAGACAUGAAGAUCGGCAUCCAUCUCUGCCGCGGCAACUAUCGCUCCAAGUGGUUUGCCUCCGGUGGCUACGAGCCCGUCUCCGAGGUUCUCUUCAAGGAACUGAACGUCGACGCGUAUUUCCUCGAGUACGACGAUGCGCGAUCUGGCGACUUCUCUCCAUUGCGCCAUCUGCCGGAACAUAAGGUUGUUGUGCUCGGUGUUAUGAGUAGUAAGAAGAAUACUCUGGAUAACAAGGAUGAAAUCAUCCAGAGGCUACAUGAGGCGGCGAAGAUUGCGCCAAAGGGUCUGGACCAGCUGUGUGUGAGCCACCAGUGUGGUUUCAGCUCCACAGCUGAGGGCAACGAGUUGACAGAAGAAGAGCAGUGGGCCAAGGUUAGACUGAGUGUCGAGAUCGCUAAGCAGGUCUGGGGUGAUGAUAUCAGCAAGUAAUGUGUAAACUUAGGGCUAAUAGACAGCUUUCACAGAUUGGCUCAAGGAGAGGAGGUGUAUUUGA